CGGCUGUGUUAUCACGUGAUCUAACUACGCCCUUCGCUGCCGUUGCUAGGCGACCAAUCACUGCCAGAGCGUGAUUGGCGGGUGACGCAAACCUGCUCACCCAUAACCAUUGUGGCGAGAACCAAUAGCAGGCGAGGGACCCGCCCACUAAAGGUUUUCGUCACCUGGAAAGCGCGCCGCCCUGCCCACUGUUUGAGUGAUAGGGAGCUCGACCUAUCAGAGGUUCUCUGGCCGUUUCAUAGGAGGAGCUAGUUAUGUUACGGUAGCCGUUUUGAUUGAUAACGCUUCUUGUUGUCCCGCCUGCGGCCUACCAAGAUCGCGGUAACCGGUAAGAGAGCAGCUAGAGCCUGUGCGGUGUCUCCAUAGCGACGGCGGUGACACCUGGCUUCCCGGUAGGAGACGUCACCUGAAGACCAGCCAUGGAGGUCCCGGUCCUGGAACAUAUCCGGCACUCGCUACUGAGUGACAGAAACAAAGACCUGAUCAUAGACAAGCUGCUGAGUCUCACCAUGGAGAUUAUCUGUCUGCUGACUAGAGAGGAUUUCAUUGUUGUGAGAAAGUCGGGUGACCAGGUGACAGACAUCAGCGGCCCCCCUGUGUCAGACAGAAGCAGCGGCACCCAGAGUCCAAACACGGAGGCUCCGCCUCAUGCGCCAACAGGGGAGAGGAGCCGUGACAGGAAUAGGCGGGCACCUACUGAGGUAUAUCACAGAGAGACAGGAAAGGUGCCUGGGAAGUGUAAGGAUGUGGAGGUCUCGUUCUCUGUGACAGAGUGGGACUGUUCAGGCGGACACAAUGACGUUGUAAUGGACCCUCCGCAGCUGCGUGACUCAGUGGGUGAGUGUAGCUCUAGAAGCCCCCCAGGACGAUGUGAGACCCCUCUGUACUCUGGGGAUUAUAUAAAGGAAGAGAACCGGAUUGUCAUAGAGGAUUAUCAGGAUGAGCCGGGACAAGGGGUGUAUCACCCGCAUUGUAAGGAAGAGGAGCCCGUCCCUGAUCACACCAGCUUAGGUGGGUGCAGCUCUAGAAAUCCGGCAGACCCCUGUGAGACCCCUCUGUACUCUCCGGGCUGUAUAGAGGAAGAGAACAGGACUGUGACACAGGAAUAUCAGGAUGAGCCGGGACACGUGAUAUAUCACCGGCAGUGUAAGGAAGAGGCCGUUCCUGCUGAGAUCAGCCCAGGUGGGUGUAACCCUACACACCCCGCAGACCCAUGUGACACCCCUCUCUAUACUCCGGGGUAUAUGGGAGAAGAGAACAGGAUGAUCAGCCAGGAUUAUCAGGCUGUGCCAGGAGACGGGAUGUGUUACCAGCAAUGUAAAGAAGAGGACGUUCCUGCUGAGAUCAGAUCAGGAACUGAGGCCGGUGUAGAGCUGGAUGCUGGUGAUCAUCGGGGGCUGCAGGAAUUCCUCCCAGAGUCCAGUGCAGGUCCGCACGCCUCCUCACACUAUCCUGAGAUGACGUAUCAGUGCUCGGAGUGUCAGCAAUGUUUCCCUAAUCAUUCAGCCCUCGUCACCCAUCAGCAAACUCAUAGCGCCAGUAAUCUGUAUAGAUGCUCUGUUUGCGGAGUGCGUUUCAGCUCCAAAUUGGCUCUUACCGCCCAUCAGCAAUGUCACACUGAGGACAAACUGUUUCACUGCUCUUACUGUGGGAAAUCCUUUCAUCAGAGGUCUCGUCUUCUGUACCAUAAAAGAACUCACACCGGGGAGAGGCCAUUUUCAUGUUUGGAGUGCGGGAGAUGUUUUACCAGAAGGUCUACCCUUUCCACGCACCAGCGGAUUCACUCUGGUCCGCACGCCUCCUCACACUAUCUUAAGAAGACGCAUCAGUGCUCGGAGUGUCAGCAAUGUUUCCCUAGUCAUUCAGCCCUCGUCACUCAUCAGCAGACGCAUAGCGCCAGUAAUCUGUAUCACUGCUCUUACUGUGGGAAAACCUUUCCUCAGAGGUUAGGUCUUCUGCAUCAUAUGAGGACUCACACUGGGGAGAGGCCAUAUUCAUGCCAGGAGUGCGGGAGUUGCUUUGCCAGAAGUUGUACUCUUGUUAGACAUCAACGCGUCCACUCUGGUCCGCACGCCUCCUCACACUACCCUGAGAAGACGCAUCAGUGCUCGGAGUGUCAGCAAUGUUUCCCUAAUCAUUCAGCCCUCGUCACCCAUCAGCAGACACACAGCCCCAGUAAUCUGUAUAGAUGCUCAGAUUGCGGAGUGCGUUUCAGCUCCAAAUUGGCUCUCACCACCCACCAGAGAUAUCACACCGAGGACAACGUGUUUCACUGUUCGUACUGUGGGAAAUCCUUCCAUCAGAGGUCACGUCUCCUGUACCAUAAGAGGACUCACACCGGGGAGAGGCCAUUUUCAUGUCAGGAGUGUGGGAGAUGUUUUACGAGAAAUUCUACUCUUAUUACGCAUCAGCGGAUUCACUCUGGAGAGAAACCCUUUAGUUGUGCAGAAUGUGGGAAGCAUUUCACACAGAGAUUUAGCCUUGUGAGACACCAGCGCAUCCACAACGGAGAGAGACCGUUCGUGUGUUCCUAGUGUGGCCGCUGCUUUUCUGACGGCUCAAAUCUUUUGAAUUAAGAGGGUUCACACUGGUUUAAGUGAAUAAAGUGGCCAUCACCAACACAAUAAGACUUGUUUACCCACUGCAAACAGAACGCAAUACUUGGAAUUGUCCAUAUAAAGGGAGCAGCCUCGUCUUUCAUAUAAACGUUUACAUUGUGAUGGUGAUAUACUGUACAUUACUUCUCAGCUUAUCUUACAGGUAUCCGGACUCCAGGUCGACAGCAAAAAGGUCGACACACCUUAGGUCGACGCCAAUUGGUCGACACACCUUAGGUCGACAUGGAAAAAGGUCGACAUGAGUUUUUCACGAUUUUUUUCUUUUUUUUUUACCUUUUCAUACUUAACGAUCCACGUGGACUACGACUGGAACGGUAAUCUGUGCCGAGCGAAGCGGUAGCGGAGCGAAGGCACCAUGCCCGAAGCAUGGCGAGCGAAGCGAGCCAUGCGAGGGGACGCGGUACACUAAUUGGGGUUCCCGGUCACUCUACGAAGAAAAUGACACCAAAAAAACAUAAAAAACUCCUGUCGACCUUGCUCCUGUCGACCUUUUGUCCAUGUUGACCUUUUGUCCAUGUCAACCUAAGGGGUGUCGACCAAUUGGCGUCGACCUAAGGUGUGUCGACCUUUUUGCUGUCGACCCUGAGUCCCAGACCCAUCUUAAAUUAUCCAUGACAGUGAGAGUACAUUUUGUUUGUUCUUGUAUUACAUUGGUUUACAUCCUUCUAGAAAGCUUUCAGGUCACUGGGAUCUAGUGACAUCACCAUGAAUUUUGCUCCAGCCCCAGAUGGCAGCUUCCACUUUGGACAUGAUUCAUAUUUGUAGGCAAACCCGAUGGUUUGCAUACAAAUAUGAUGUUUUGGGGUCUGUGCAAAAGGAUUUUGUGAUGUCAGGCAUAGCAUGAUUGAGAUGCUGCUGCAUUUUGGGGGGUUGGGGGCAGCACCGUUCUUCAAAACGAGUUCAUCAGCCCCAUUUUAAAGACAUGACAGGUCCAGGAUCUGGGUCGUUGGAUGCAGACUUUCUGGACCCGAGUGUCCGGAUACGACGGCCAGCCUGAGGAAGCUUCAGCUUACACAGGCUGACCAGUGCCUAAAUCCAUUAUAAUCAAGACCAAUGGUUGCGAUGAUGAUCCAAGACUGUGUCCUCAGACGCAACACUCGGAUCUCGCAAAUGCAAACAGGAGGCGUCUAUCUCCUACUGACUCCUGUGGCUACACUAGAAUUUGAAUUAGAUGGAAUUGCACAGAUGCUUCUUCGUGGCUGAGCAAUUCCAUGCAGACAUGAAUCAGGCUCUUUGUGCAGUGAUGACAAUUCCACUGUAGUAUUUGGUUAGUGACCUCUAUAACCUACAGGUAUCAGUGUUGCUAUUACUGUCCAUGUAGAGGGUUACUGGUAGAUUUGCUGAGGAGCAGUAACUGGCUGUGACAUCCCACUUCUUAAUAAACCACCCUUAAGCUUUUGACCACACACCAUCAUAGUAACAUAGAAACAACGAAUUUGAUGGCAGAUAAGAACCUUCUGGCCCAUUUAGUCUGCCCCUUUUUCAUUUAUCCGUUUGGCAACUUCAACCUUAUUUGUUUCAUGGUCUUUGUAAGGAUAUUCUUAUGUCUAUCCCAUGCAUGUUUAAAUUGCUCUACUGUCUUAUCCCCAGCUACCUCUGAUGGGAGGCUAUUCUGCUUGACCACUACUCUUUCUGUGAAGUAAUUUUUCCUCAAAUUUCCCCUGAACCUCACCCCCUCCAGUGUCAGUGCAUGUCCUCAUUUUCUAAUACUUGGAAGAAUGUUUCCCUCCUUAUUCUUGUUAAAACCUUUGCUAUGUGUGAAAGUUUCUAUCAUGUCCCCGCUUCCGUUCUCUGCUCCAAACUAUACAUAUUGAGAUUUCUUAGUCUUUCUGGGUAUGUUUUGUGAUUUAGGCCAUGCACCAUUUUAGUUGCCCUUCUUUGUACAGUCUCUAAUAUAUUAAUAUCCUUCUGAAGAUAUGGCCUCCAGAACUGAACACAGUAUUCUAGAUGUGGACGUACCAAUGACCUAUACAGUGGCAUUAUUACUUAUUUUCUGUCCUCUCCCUAUGCAACCAAGCAACUGACUAGUCUUCCUCAUUGUUAUGUUACAUUGCUUACCUGCCUUCAAGUCAUAUGGAAUGGUAACUCCUAGAUCCCUUUCCUCUUCUGUAAUUUCCAUGACAGUGCCCUUGAUACUUUAUUUAACCUUUGUGUUUUUGAGUCCCAAGUGCAUGAUUUUGAAUAUUUUUACAUUAAACUGUAAUUUCCACA